CAGAGUGUUAAAAUGGCGCACAGCUGUCGGUGGCGGUUCCCUGCUCGGCCCGGAGGGAGCAGCAACUCGGGCACUGGGAGAAAAGCGGGCCGGAUCCGGGUCACGGCUUCCAUCCGAAAUGGCGCAGGAACUCAUGCGGCCGCGAGCGGACUCGGGCCCGGGUUCGACGCGGCGCUGCAAGUGUCCACUGCGAUAGGCAACAACCUGCAGAAAUUUCGGGAUGUUUUGGGCGAGUCGAGCGGCUCCAGCAGCGCGGAGGAAGAUUCAUUUGAAGGUUUUGAUAUGGUCAUUGAAAAUGGAAGAGUACAUAGUCCUGGAUGGACCUCAACAGCUAAAUUGUCACAUGAGAAGAAGCCAAGAGGCCGCCCCCCAAGAUCUUCGACUGUGCAGAAAUUGGCUACACGUGUUGAACCUCAUCCUCUGUCUGCCGUCACAACUCCAGUCACAGAUAAGGUAAAGCGGCCACCAGGUAGACCCCCUGGCUCUGGGGAAAAAAGAAGAGGCCGUCCUCCUGCUUCUGGUAACCAGAAAACCUGGCUGCAAAGUGGCCAAGCGUUACCUAGUGACAGCAGGGAUGCUGGACUGGAGCACAACAGUAGUCCAGCACUUCGCAAGGACAUUGUGGAAGAUAACAAAGAGAGAAAGGCUGCAAAGAGAACUCCCCUUGGAUCUGUGCAGCAGCAAGAAUCUGAGGACAAGUUAACAAAAGUGGGCCGUGAUUCAAAGGUGACCAAACUGAAGCGGAUGCGGGAUGUCAAAGUGAAGCCCCUUAAGUCUGGACUUUUAAAGGGUGUUCCAGUUCCCUUUGUGCCAAGACGGAGGCGUGGCAGACCUCCUUCUGCUGAGCGCCUCAAAGCUGAGAUUGCUGCUGCUUCAUUGGCCCUGGAGUUGUCCCCCCCUGAGUCUGGCACUGCCAAACAUAAGACCUUCAGUGUUCGCCUAGAAGAGGAUAUGGAUCCCCACUCUACACAGCAUCUCAAGCUCAGGGCCUCUCAUUCUGCUGAUGAACGCACUACCCCAGAUUCCCCAGGUUCCGAAUCCAUCGUCAAUCCAACCACACCUUCUAAACUCGGAAGUCGUUUAGGUUUACGGCAGAGUCCUCGCCAUAUCAAGCCUGUGCGCACGGUCCCACCUUCCAAACGCACUGAUGCCACUAUUGCAAAGCAGUUACUGCAGCGGGCUAAGAAAGGGGCACGCAAAAAGAAACUGGAGGCAGUGGGUACUCAGGGAGCGGCAGCUAUUGAAUCUGGUAUUAGGAGGAGAACAAGAACACAGCUCAAAAACAUUCGGCAGUUCAUAAUGCCUGUGGUGAGUACAGUGUCCUUGCGGAUUAUUAAGACCCCUAAGCGCUUCAUUGAAGAUGAGUUUGGUGCCCCUCCUCCACACAUGAAAAUUGCACGCUUGGACUCUACUGUGCCACCUCCAGUCACUCAUCCCUCAACAACAUCCUCCACACUUGUUUCCACGGCUCCAAGUACAACUGGAACUGUGGCCAUUGCUGGGGCAGGACCGCCUGUCGAUACCUUCCCUCCUCCUCCGCCCCCUGCCCCCACUGCUGCUGUUGCAACAGGAAGUCUCCUCAGUAACAAUAGCUGCAACAGCAAUGGACGAUUCAGUAGUAGUGCAGCAUCUUGUGGCUCCAGUGCAGUGUCGCAACAUUCCUUCCAACUCUCCUCAGGAGAGUCUUCACGCUCCAGCAGCCCAAGUCUGGACGACUCCUCUUGUGACUCGCAGAUUUCAGAUGGCACCCAGGUGCUCUCAGAGGAGCCUGACCAUUCCCCUUCCUCUCAGGGAGAGAGGGAGGCCAGUCUGCACCAUUCCCCACAUCCACUGUCCCCACCUUCUGAGCCUGAGACAGAGCACAUGGAGUUAAUAGAGCCAAACAGGCGAGGACGCAGAGGUCAAGGCCUUAGGAGAGGCAAUUUUGUGUCACGUGGUCGGGGCAAUCUGAUCAGCAAUAGGAAACGGGCCAUCAUCAGCCCUGCCACAGGUGUUAUGAUGUCUUCUUCUCAGGCAGGGUCCCAGCAGGCCUCUUCUACUGCUUCUUCAUCGUCUUCUCCACCACCACCUCCUCUUCUUACUCCACCUCAGCCUCCUCAGUCAGCUUCAUCCAGUGUAUCUGCCAUUAGUGAACAUCACCCCCACUCCCCAUGGAUUAUGCCUCAUCCCAUUGCCCCUUUCUUGCCUACUCCUCCGAUAAUCCCUGGUUCUCAUGACAAACGCCGUGCCAUACUGAGAGAGCCCACAUUUCGCUGGACAUCAUUGACACGCAUAGAGCAGCAAUACUUUUCUUCUGCCAAGUAUGCAAAAGAGGGCCUUAUUCGCAAGCCUAUAUUUGAUAACUUCCGCCCUCCACCACUCACAGCUGAAGAUGUGGGACUGAUGCCUCCUGGACCUGGAGGAGGGGGAGUGGCACCAGGAGGGUUCCCUGCACCUGGUGGUUCAUCUGGGGCAGGUACUAGGCUGUUUUCACCUCUACAUCAUCAUCACCAGCAUCCCUCAUCUCGUUUUGAGCCUCCACUCCAUAAACGCAGCCCAUUGCUCCGUGCACCUCGCUUUACUCCCAGUGCUGCCCACUCCCGCAUUUUUGAGUCAGUCACUCUGCCAUCUUCCUCGGGUAGCAGCCCUAGCUCUCAUUCCCCUCUCCAGGUCACACCACCAUCAAACAGGCUGCCACGACGCAGGAAGAGGAGAACAUUUGGGCAUUCCCGCAUACAAUCCAGAUCACCCUCGCACUCCAUGACCACCAGGAGCAGCCAGUCAGGAGCCCAGGCUGGAAAGAGCUCUGCUGAACUCUCUGCACUAACUAGCUCUGUUCCUACGAGUGUGACUGGCAAUUCCAGCCCCUUACCUGGGAUUGCAGUGAGUCCAGUUGCUCCAAGUGCCUUACCUCAAGCCCCUUUCAAUACAUUCUCAUCAAGUUCUCUUGGUUCCAUUAGUCAUAGACCCUCUGAUGUUCGUAGAGUGGAUGUGGGCCUUGGUGGGGGUGGAAGUUCGGCCUCUUCCUCAUCACAGCUCUUCCCUCGUUUUGCUUCCAGUCCCCAAGGUUCCAGCGGGGGUACUGGAAAAAUAGGGAGAGAGAGGAGUGUCUCAACAUCACGAGAUAGCCUUCCCAAGGAGAAAGAUAGAGAGGCAGAUAGAAGUAGAGACCGUGGAAAGGAAAAUAAAAAAGACGCAAAAAAAGAUUGGGAAAGAAGAGGGAAGAGCCUUGCUUCGGAUGGCGCUACUAAUUCCACUGCAAGCCUUUUUGCUGUGGAUGGCAAGGAUGUUGAGGAAACGUUCAGCCAGAAGAAGACUCCUGGGCAAAAGAAAUCUGUUUCUGUUGACUCUGGUGCAGAGAUCCCAUCAGUUGAGACAAAUGUAAUCCAACCAGCAAGGGCGUUGUUAUCUAAAGGCCGUGUGUCCAAAAAAGGCAGAUUGCCAGAAAAAGGUAUGGAAGCUGAUGAAAUAGAGAAGAACAAAGAGAGAUCUAGCGCACCUGUCCCACCCAUUCAUUCCAGAAAACUCCCCUCUACACCAUCCCUAGGUUCCGUGCUCGCCCUUGCUGAAAAACAGCCAGCCACAGACCGGCGUGUGGCAGGCCUCCUGAAAAAGGCUAAAGCUCAGCUCUUUAAUAUAGAAAAGAGCAAAUCCUUGAAACCAGUGGAUCAGCCUAAAGUGCAGGGUCAAGAAAGUGAUUCUUCUGAAGCAUCAGUUCGUGGUCCACGGAUCAAGCAUGUGUGCCGUCGUGCCGCAGUAGCAUUGGGUCGAAAUCGUGCUGUAUUCCCAGAUGAUAUGCCCACCCUUAGUGCCUUGCCAUGGGAGGAGAGAGAAAAGAUCCUGUCUUCCAUGGGGAAUGAUGAUAAGUCUUCAGUGGCAGGUUCAGAAGAGGCAGAGCCUUCUUCCCCUCCCCUAAAACCAGUAACAAGACACAAAACUGUCCAGGAAGCCACCCCCAGAAAGGGUCGGCGCUCAAGGCGUUGUGGGCAGUGUUCUGGUUGUCAAGUCCCAGAAGACUGUGGGCAUUGCGCCAACUGUCUGGAUAAGCCUAAGUUUGGGGGACGCAACAUUAAAAAACAAUGCUGCAAGGAACGAAAGUGCCAGAACUUGCAGUGGAUGCCAUCAAAAAUGUUUCUUCAGAAGCAAGCAAAAGGUAAAAAAGAUAAGAAGAAAAACAAAGUGCCAGAAAAAAAGGAAUCCCAUCACUCUGUCAAAUCUCAGAGUCCAGAAGUAAGUCUCAAACCAACCCCAGCUCCUUCAAAGGAUGACCCUCCAGUGAAGAAAAGUGACACUCCACCCCCAAUACAGGAAGAGGACAAACAAAAACAGCCACCUUCCCCCCCAUCACCCAUCUCUUCUUCCCCAAACAGUGAUCCCCCUUUACUUCCCAGCCCAGAGGACCCAAGACCACCCUUUAUUCCGAGUUCUGCCUAUAAGAAGGACCGAAAGCUUUCCAGCCCUUUAUCCAGGUCCCCACACACCACUGCAUCUAGCCAACCACCAGAACCAUUUCAAGAGAUCAUGCAGCCACAAACCCAGACUCCAGCAAAAAAGGAAGGGCCCACAAAGUCACCAUCUAAUGAACCCAAAAAGAAGCCCCAGCAGCAUACUCAGCCUUCAUCUGUUGCAUCCUAUGCUUCAGAAGCAAAGCAAAUAAAAAAGCAGGCUGUUCAUUGUGGUACUCCUCCAAAGUCAAAACCAAAGGAGAAGGAGAAACAGAUGGUCACCAAACCACCUGACCGCAGUACUUUAAACUUCCUGAGCACUCCCUCGAUUGGGGGCACUGCCAAGCAGAAAGCACCCUCCGACGGAGUGCAUCGAAUUAGAGUGGAUUUCAAGGAGGACUUUGACAUUGAGAAGGUGUGGGAAAUGGGUGGGCUCAGCAUUCUCACCUCUGUGCCAAUCACCCCACAAGUAGUCUGCUUUCUCUGUGCCAGCAGUGGCAACGUGGAGUUUGUGUUCUGCCAGGUGUGCUGUGAGCCUUUCCAUAUCUUUUGCUUGGGGGAGACCGAACGUCCCCUAAAUGAGGAGUGGGAAAACUGGUGCUGCCGCCGAUGUCGCUUCUGUCAUGUCUGUGGCCGCCAGCACCAGAAGACUAAAGAGCUGCUGGAGUGUGACAAGUGCCGAAACAGCUUUCACCCUGAGUGCCUGGGACCCAACCAUCCUACAAGACCCACCAAGAAAAGAAUCUGGGUUUGUACCAAGUGUGUUUGCUGUAAAAGUUGUGGGGCCACCAAACCAGGAAAGACUUGGGAUGCCCAGUGGUCACAUGACUUCUCCUUGUGUCAUGACUGUGCCAAACAUUUUGCAAAAGGAAACUUCUGCCCUCUCUGUAAUAAGUGCUAUGACGAUGAUCAUGAGAAUAAGAUGAUGCAGUGUGGAAAGUGUGAUCACUGGGUCCAUGCCAAAUGUGAGAAUCUUACUGACGAGAUGUACGAGUUAUUAUCCAGACUGCCUAAAAACUUGGCCUACACCUGUGUUAAUUGUACUGAGCACCACCCACCCAAGUGGCGCACUGCCUUAGAGAAGGACAUUCAGAGCAGCAUGCGCCAAGUUCUCACUGCACUUCUCAACUCCCGCACUUCCACUCACCUGCUCCAUUACAGACAAGCGGUGAUGAAGCCACCCGAGUUGAACCCAGAAACCGAAGAGAGCCUCCCCUCUCGACGUUCCCCUGAAGGGCCUGACCCUCCUCUUCUUACAGAGGUUUCCCUGCCCAGUGAUUCACCCCUUGACUUCGAGACUGUGGAAAAGAAAAUGAAUUCAGGGCACUACAGAUCCGUGGUGGACUUUAGUGAUGAUAUUGUGAGAAUCGUCCAGACAGCCAUUAAUUUCGAGGGAGGUCAGCCAGAAAGCAGAAAGGCCAACAGCAUGGUGAAGUCUUUCUUUAUCCGGCAAAUGGAACGAGUUUUUCCUUGGUUCAAGGUGAAGGAAUCAAAAUUCUGGGAGGCACACAAAGUCUCUUACAAUAGUGGUUUACUUCCUAAUGCUGUACUACCUCCUUCUCUGGAUCACAAUUAUGCCCAGUGGCAAGAGAGGGAAGAGAUGGCAUGUGCUGAGCACCAUCUCUCUAUGAAAAUAAUUCCUGCUCCUUGUUCUAAAGCUCCUGGAGAACCCGACUUCCCAAUUGUACCUCCACCUCCACCUCCACAGCUUGCACAUGACCUUACUCAGGAGGACAGCCUCGAACCUCCCCCUCCCUCUGGUAUUGGUGACAAUAGACAAUGUGUACUUUGUCUGAACUACGGUGAUGAGAAGACAAAUGAAUGCGGAAGGCUGCUUUACAUUGGCCAAAAUGAGUGGGCUCAUGUGAACUGUGCAUUGUGGUCAGCAGAGGUAUUUGAAGAUGAUGACGGCUCUCUCAAAAAUGUCCAUAUGGCAGUAAGCCGUGGCAGACAGCUGCGCUGUGAGAACUGUAAAAAGCUAGGAGCCACUGUAGGCUGCUGUCUUACUUCCUGCUCGAGUAACUACCACUUCAUGUGUGCUCGUCAGUGCCACUGUAUUUUUCUGGAAGACAAAAAGGUGUAUUGCCAGCGGCACAGAGACUUAAUCAAAGGCGAGGUUCUGCCAGACACAGGAUUUGAAGUGACGCGGAGGAUUUUGGUGGACUUUGAGGGGAUCAGUUUAAGAAGAAAGUUUCUCCAUGGCCUUGAACCAGAUAAUGUCCACAUGAUGAUAGGUUCCAUGACUAUUGAUUGUCUCGGGAUGCUAACAGAGCUCUCAGAUUGUGAGAGAAAACUCUUUCCUAUUGGCUAUCAAUGCUCAAGGGUCUACUGGAGUACGCUGGAUGCCCGCAAACGAUGUGUCUACACCUGUAGAAUUCUGGCAUGCCGCCCUCUUGUGGCAGACAGCAUCAGUAACAGCAUAGUCACACAAGAAAACAAUUGUACUAUUGCCCACAGCCCACCUCCAGUUUCAGAAGAGGUGGACCCGUCACCAUUUCCUGAUUCAGUUUCUGUUGACCAUAACACCUUGCCUAUGAUUCCAAAACCAAGGGUUUACUUUAGAAACAGACACCCCAGUUAUCCGCCCUGCCAUCGUUCUUCUUCCUCUAGACAUCUGCCCUCUCCAGGGGCGGCUGUCAGUUCAGCUCAUGAAAUUGUUACUGUUGGUGACCCUCUGCUGAGCUCCACUCUACCUAGUGUUGGAUCUCGUCGCCAUAGCACUUCCUCCCUCUCACAACAGCAGCCAAGACAGAGAAUUUCCUCUGGUCCACAAGGAAGUAGCUCAUCCAACCAGAUCCAAACAAUCUCUCAGUCACCUGCCUCAACCUCUCACAACCAUGGAGGUGGAGAUUCUGUAAAAGGGAAAGUGUCUAGUGAUGAGAAACCUCAAUGUCGCGAGACAACCACUGUAAAAAGCAUAGCCCAGUACAGACCCACUUAUGGUGUUUCAGAAAGAUUGAGUGGCAGAGAUGCUGGCAAAAAGCCACACGAAGGAGAGCGUCUUAAAUCUGCUCCAUCAACUGUCCUGGCAUCACCUCCACUUGGAACUGCAAUUUUGACCGGUUAUCAAAGGGCCAGUGACAGCAUGAGGAUAGAAAAGGGGAAACAGGUGACAAAGGACACUGAUCUACCAGCAGGAGCCACGCUUUUGACUUGUAAUCCGCUCACUACUGAUUCAAAAGAUAAUGGUGUUCCAGGGAAAGAAACAACCAUUACUGCGGUGCCAGAAUCUAAAGAUAUUCGAAAGACUGGCUCUCUUCAGGCAUUGCAUCCCAAAACUGGGGGUAGGAAAUCCCAUGACUGUGUUUCAGGACCAUCUCCAGCUGCAGCUCUUAAGCCUCUCUGGUCACCUGGAGUAAUUACUGGAGAGGAGGACAUAAAACGAGAAACUCAGGCAAGCCCCUCUGUGGUAGCUAGUCAUGUGACCUCUAGCACUAAAGAGAAGCCCUCCAAAGUUAAAUUUACAGAGGGAAAGGAUGUUUCAAAAGAAAGGAAAGAGGUACCUCAAAACAGUAAGGCACAAAUUCUCAAUAGUAACUCUAGCAGCUCUAAAGGCAGCAAUAUCAAAACCCAGGCCCAAGUGUCGACCUCACGAAAUAACAACAAUAAAGGCACAGCAGUCAUCAGUAACAAAACCUCAGGUUCUGUGGAAAUUACGAAAUCAAAUAAUUCGAGAGGUGAAAGGCAAUUAAAGUCUAGGGAAAGGUUUAGUACGGAGAAAAAACACAGUUCGGCAGUGGAAGCAGUUCAGUCAGUGCCAGGCUCAGAACGGAGUUUAGGCCCCCCACAUGCUCAACCUAAAUCUCGAGAAGAAUCUAUACCAGUUGAGAAGCAUUGCACCGAGAGAAUGUCUCUAGUAUCUCAAAACAUGGAUCCUAAUGGGACCAAAGCUGUCAGCACAUGCUCCAUCACAAACACAUCCACUUUCAGAUCCCCUGGCAGCCAUGCUUCACAGAGGAAGUCUUCCCAUACAAUGCUAUUUUCUCCUUUUGCAAGCUCUGAAAGCUUGGAGUCUGAUAGCCACACACCUCCAGAAGAGCAGAAUGUGGACCAGCACUGUGCUGAGGAUGAUGGUGAUGGGGCAGAUCAUCAUUUAGAAGAUGAAAGCUCUCCAGAGAAACACCAAGAGGAGGACAGUGAUGGUUCCACAAAACGACGAUACCCUAGGCGAAGUGCUAGGGCUCGCUCCAACAUGUUCUUUGGACUUACCCCCUUCUAUGGUGUUCGUUCCUACGGCGAAGAAGAUAUUCCCUUCUACAGCGGCGGUGAUGUACGUAUAAGAAAGCGCUCAGGUGGCAGCAAGCGAUCAGCUGAAGGACAAGUAGACGGUGCUGAUGAUAUGAGCACGUCCUCUUCUGCGGACAGUGGCGAGGAUGAGGAGGGUUUUGGUCCAAACAAGGAUUCAUACUAUUAUAAUUUCACACGAACCAUCAUAAAUCCCAGCUCUAGUUUUCACUCUGUUGAGGGUAUAGAUCAGUGUUUGGGAAGAAGAUCACAGAUCCACAUGUUCAUGAGGGAUGGAGCAACGGAAACUGAUGAUGAAAGUGAUGAAAUAACAGCAGCGACCAAAAGUAUAGAAUGCCAACAAAUUGGUCAACUGGAUGGAGUGGAUGAUGAUUCUGAAAGUGAUGCCAGUGUAAACACCAGCAGCACAACCUCUGCUACAACAUCCUCUACACAUAAAAACUCCACCAAAAAGAGGGGUCGAGAGAGCCGAGCUGAGAAAUUGAAUGCUGACUCGGGGAAAGAGGCUGAAAACACUACUGGUGAUGGUAGCACCCAUAGCCGUGAUGUUCGUAAAAAUCAGAAGGAGAACUGUUUGCAGUUAGGAAGCGUGAAAUCCCAGGGACAGGAUCCUCUUGAAAACCAGCUAUCACUUAGUUCAGAUCUUCUUAAGUCUGAUUCGGACAAUAACAACAGUGAUGAUUGUAACAUCUUGCCUUCUGACAUUAUGGAGUUUGUGCUGAACACGCCAUCAAUGCAAAGCUUGGGACAGCAGCAAGAGGCCAACUCCACUGAACCAUUUUCUUUGGAUGAGGGCUAUGGAGUUGAUGUAAACCGAAGGAAGACCAUACUCUUUGAAGAUUUUACCCAGCCACUGGCCAGCAACGAACCUGUAGAGAGUGGAGUGAGCACCUCAAUUCCAGUAGAAGAACCCUAUGGCCUCCCACUGGAGCUGCCAUCUGACCUCUCUGUGCUCACGACUCGUAGUCCAUCUGUAAAUAACCAGAAUCAUGGUUCACUAAUUUCUGAGAGUUCUGAUCGUAGUAUGCUGGCCCUGGCUGCAGAGGAAUCAGGAGUCGAUAAGGGUGGGGACAAACAGAGAGCGGGAAGUGCUGUAUCUAGUGAGAGCCCACGAGAUGAUGAAGAUUCACAGGCAACUGAAGGCGACAUGACACCUGAUCAUUUCAUUUCUACUCGCAUCGAUGGAGAUCACAUUUCAAGUCAUGGAAUAAACCAAGUAGCAGAUGCAGGGACUCCAGAUCUAACCAGAACAUCUGGCACACCAGGCUUGCCAAGUUCACCUACUGUGGCAUCGCAGGGUCAGAAGUUUAUUCCUUCUGCCACGGUCAGUACAGGUCACGCUCAGAUUGUGAGCCCUGCAGUUCAGUCCACUCAUUCUCCUUUGAAAGCUGGUCCAGAGCAAUUAUUACUUUUCAAUCCACAUGUGAGGCCACUUUAUGUACUUCAAACUCUCCCCAAUGGUGUAACUCAAAAGUUACAGAUUGCACCAUCCGUCAGUGCAACCGGUGUCAUGAAUAGCAGUGCACCUGUAUUGGCAGGCCUCAGUACUGGAAUUUCCCCCUCUCAGUCCAUUUUCCCUGCUGUUACAAAAGCUUUAGUUCCUGUGCCUCAUCAUCCACAGCUUCAUGCCUUCACUAGCACCACUCAGACAGGUUUCCCGUCAAUCAUUCCUAGUACUACAUCUGGCCUUUUUAUUGGUGUUCCUUCUCAUGAUGCCCAAAUUAUUGCAUCAGAAGCUGGACAUAGACAUGAUCUGGCUCCCAGUGUUGCUAUGGUAUCCAGUGCAUCAUCCAUUACCCCGACCCCUACCGUGCUUGCCACCGGACAUGGCAAAAAGCGGCCAAUUUCACGUCUACAACCUCGUAAAAACAAGAAGCUAGUCCGAUCCAGGAGCCAACCCACGCUAGCACCAUCAGAGGUUGGGCCUAACAUGACACUUAUUAACCUGUCCUCUCCACAAAUUGCUACUGGAAUCCCUGCUCAACCAGGACUAGUUGAACUUGGCACAAUAACAGCUGCCGCAUCUCACCGCAAAAUGCCCAACAUCAUAAAACGGUCGAAAUCCGGAGUAGUGUACUUUGAGCCUGCUCUCCUUCCACAGCCGAUGCCAAUCUCAACUGCUGCUCAGGCUGGUAUCAUUGGGCAUGAUUCCUCAGCCCACUUAUUGCCAUGCACGGUGGCAGGGCUUAACCCUAAUCAGUCAUUGUUGAAUGUGGUAUCAGUGCCUCCUGCAGCACCUGGGAAUCUACUGGGAGCAAAUUCAGUGUCUUUAAGUUCUCCAGGGCUCAUUAGCUCUGAGAUCACUGGCCCCAUAAGUAACCUAGUCUUUAAAGCCAGUCCACAUAACCUGGGCCUUCCAGAGCAGCAAAUGGUUCUUCAGUCUGGAGCUCCCAUGGUCCCACAAAUUACCAGUCCUGCCCAGACUUCCAUUCCUAGUAGCAUCUGUCUUCUUCCACCAAAUCAGAUCAGCAUGUCACCCAGCCAGUACCAAGACAAAGAAGGCAAUCUUCAGAAUCCUGUUACCAAACUUGUAGUGGAUAAGACUAUUGAUCCCAGUGCAAACACCUCUGGCCAAGUGGCUCUUGUGCCCAGUCACAUCAAGCAAGACCCGAAUAAGGGUCAUGUGGUUGGAGUUCCUACCCAGAGCUCUCAAACCUCACCUGUCUCACAAGCCACAAGCCAACAGCAAGCACUGAAGUCACCCACUUCCAAAGCUUCCACAGGCAUUGGGAAGGUAAAGCAAAAAGCAAAGAGGACCCUACCAAGUGUAGCCAAUACUGGUGGAAAGAAGCACAAAGGUGGGCCAGAGGCACUGGCAGAAUCGCAGGUUGUUCCUGUCUCUACAAAUCAGUCUUCUUUACAAAGGGGUAAAGAGCAUAUGGCACUCGAGCUGACAAAUAUUGCAAAGCCUAAUGAAAAGGGUUCAAGAAAGAGUAAUUCUAGAAGGUGUGAGCCACCUCUUAAUCAGAAGGCAGUAGAAUCCCAUGAUGAAAAUCUCAGGACUGCUAGUCUUUCUGGUGAGAAUGCUGACCAAGCACCUACUGCUAUGCUAGUAGCCACUUCUGAUCAGAAGGACAGUGGACAAAAUUCCACCUCAGACUACAAGCCCAAAAAAGGCCUUCUGUUUGAAAUCUGCAGUGAUGAUGGCUUUAAGGUCUGCUGCGAGAGUAUUGAAGAGGCCUGGAAAUCUCUGACAGAUAAAGUCCAGGAGGCACGCUCUAACGCCAAGCUCAAAGAGCUAUCUUUUGAUGGAGUGAAUGGACUACGCAUGCUGGGUGUUGUCCACGGUGCUGUAGUUUUUCUUUUGGAGCAGCUGUACGGUGCCAGGUACUGCAGAAACUACAGGUUCCGCUUCCACAAGCCAGAGGACGUGGAUGAGCCUCCACUUAACCCUCAUGGAUCUGCUCGUGCUGAGGUCCGCCACAGGAGGUCUGUGUUGGACAUGUUUAACUUCCUGGCUUCCAAAUAUCGGCAACCACCUGAGUACAACCCUCAUGAGGAGGAUGAAGAAGAGCAGUUCAAAUCUGCUCGACGGGGAACCAGCACAGACGUGCCUCUGGCAGCGAGGUUCAGACACUUGAAAAAAACAUCCAGAGACUCCGUAGGCGUGUACAGGUCAGCCAUACACGGCCGUGGUCUGUUCUGUAAGAAAAACAUCGAUGCUGGAGAGAUGGUGAUAGAGUAUUCGGGCAACGUCAUUCGCUCUGUCCUUACUGACAAACGAGAAAAGUACUAUGAUGCCAAGGGAAUUGGCUGCUACAUGUUUCGCAUCGAUGACUAUGAGGUGGUUGAUGCCACCAUGCAUGGCAACUCGGCUCGUUUCAUCAACCACUCCUGUGAGCCCAACUGCUACUCCCGUGUCGUCAAUAUCGACGGGCAAAAGCACAUAGUCAUUUUUGCAUUGCGGAAAAUCUACAGGGGCGAAGAGCUCACAUACGACUACAAGUUUCCCAUUGAGGAACCAGGCAAUAAGCUGCCUUGCAACUGUGGGGCCAAAAAGUGUCGCAAGUUCCUUAAUUAACACUUCUCCCUUUCUUACUUUUAAUUGAACCCUGUCCUUCCAAACGAAACUGUGUUUUGUCAAUGUGUGUAUUUUGAAUAAUAUGGUUAUUUAUUGAAACAGGCUCAGGUUUUCAGAGGGAUUAUGGCACUGUGCCUCACGUUGAUUCAGGAAAGGUUUCAAGAGCAAUGUUCUAAUGAAUAAAAGGAGAAAAGGACUUCUUCACUGGAGUUCUCCCUAUGAAUCCCUAAACAGGCCAGUUAAAUAUAAGCAGUCUGCUUGUUAGCAAAGUCUCCUUCUUUCGGCUGCUCCGCUGUGGCGACCCCUAACGGGGUCAUCCGUCUCCGUUAUGGAAAUCCGGCUUAUGAUGCACAUAUUUGAUUUGGUGUGGGAUGUUUUAUGCCGGCUGUCCAUCCUGAUGGAACCCUUCCAUUUUAUCUGGACUUGGGACCGGCACUGAGAGUGCACUAGCUUGUACAACCCCAGUGGCUGGGUUUGGUGCCCAGUGUGGGGCUCAAACCCAAGACCCUGAGAUUAAGAGUAUCAUGAUCUACCAGGCUUCUGCUUGUUAUCAAAUGGUGUGCUCUAUUUAUCCCAAAACCUUCAUUACAAAUUCCAGAUGUGUAAUAUUGAGUCUCAUCUGCCCAUGCCUCUGGAAUGUGAGGAGAAAAAAAAAAGUAUGAUGGAAUUGCCACAUUGUUUCAUUUGACACCAAAGUGCAAUUUUUCUAAGGGAACGGUACACUGUCUUUUUAGAUAGAAGAAUUGUGUGGGGUCCAUUAUUUACUUUAGUUUUGUUUUUCUUCGAUAUAUAUAUAUAUAUAUAUAUUAUUUUUUUUUUAUAAACCUACCAUCAAAUCUCCCUUUCUGAAUGUACAUCAGAGCCUUCUCCUUCUGGUGAUGUGGUCUAUGGAUGGACCGAUGGAUAGAGAACGCUAGAGGGAGCUCUUUGUUCCCUGUGAUGGACACAUGCAGGUUUUUAUGGGAGCAGGGGUAGAG